UUAAACCCAGUGAUUAUAUCCUGUAGGUCACGUUUUACUACAGUUUGGAAGAAAUGGCGGACAUGGAUGAAUUGUUCGGGAGCGAUGGGGACAGCGACAACGACCAGCGAGAGUCUGGCUCCGGCUCUGGUUCAGAGUCGGAGCAGGAGAGGCCUCGUUCUGUCAGCAACGCUUCAGGCAGCGGCAGUGACAGCGAGAGGGAGCGGGAUGAUGAUGAUGACGAGUACGAAGGCCAGGAGGCCGGCAAGCCCAGCAUGAAUAAGGAGCUGUUUGGAGACGACAGUGAGGAUGAACAACACAGCGGAAGCGACAACCAGUCUGAGCGCUCGGGGAACCAGUCAGAUGCCAGCAUGCGCUCAGACCGCGGGGACAACGAUCACUCCGACGCAGAGCAGCACAGCGGCUCGGACCGUGACCAUCGAGAUGAGGAUGAAGACGAGGAGGAUGGGGGUCACCGGUCGGACGGAGGAAGCCCGGCUGGCAGCGGGAUGUCUGGCGGUGGGAGCCCUCGUUCUGACAGGGGCAGCGUUCGCUCAGACAGAAGUAUGCACAGCGAUCCUGGGACUCCGCAGUCGGGCCCGGGCACACCGCACAGUGACGGCGAAGCUUCAGGGAGGGAGAACCAAUCGGAAGAUGAGAAGUGGGGCGGAGAAGCUAAGAGCGACCAGUCGGAGGACGAGGAGGAGAAACGCCACUACUCUGACGAAGAGGGAGAAAAUUCUGAUGAUGAGGGACCGAGGAACAGGAAAUCAGAGUCUGCAAAAGGAAGUGACAGCGAAGAUGAUUUCAUAGGACGGAAACCCAAAGCGAAAGCCGCCUCCGAUUCCGAUUCAGACAGCGAUGCUGAAACAAAACCAAAGAAGGCCGCAGCAGAUGACCUGUUCGGAGAAGCGGACGACAUCUCUUCAGACAGCGAUGCAGAGAAGCCCCCGACCCCGGGCCAGCCCCUGGAUGCAGAGGAUGGUAUGGAGGGGGAGCAGGCAGAAGAGGAGCCUGCGCCUGAAACUCGUAUUGAAGUAGAGAUCCCAAAAGUCAGCACUGACUUGGGAUCCGACCUUUAUUUUGUCAAGUUGCCCAAUUUCCUGUCUGUGGAGCCCAGGCCGUUUGAUCCUCAGUACUAUGAGGAUGAAUUUGAGGAUGAAGAAAUGCUGGAUGAAGAGGGGCGGACCAGGCUCAAACUGAAGGUGGAGAACACAAUCCGGUGGAGAGCGAAGAGAGACGAGGAGGGAAAUGAAACCCGAGAGAGCAAUGCGCGCAUUGUCAAAUGGUCCGACGGCAGCAUGUCCCUUCACCUGGGGAACGAAGUGUUCGAUGUUUACAAAGCUCCACUCCAAGGAGACCACAAUCACCUUUUCAUCCGACAGGGCACCGGGCUGCAGGGACAGGCCGUGUUCAAAACCAAACUCACUUUCAGACCCCACUCCACAGACAGCGCCACCCACAGGAAGAUGACCCUGUCUCUGGCUGACCGCUGCUCAAAGACACAGAAGAUCAGAAUCCUUCCCAUGGCUGGACGAGAUCCCGAGUCCCAUCGCAAUGAAAUGAUCAAGAAAGAGGAGGAGCGGCUGCGAGCCUCCAUCCGCAGGGAGUCCCAGCAGAGGAGGAUAAGGGAGAAGCAGCAUCAGAGAGGCCUGAGCAGCAGCUACCUGGAGCCCGAUCGCUAUGACGACGAGGAAGAGGGCGAGGAGGCGAUCAGCCUCGCAGCCAUCAAGAGCAAGUAUAAGGGUGGAAGUGGCCUGAGAGAGGAGCGAGCCAGGAUCUACUCAUCAGACAGUGAUGAAGGUUCUGAUGACGAUAAAGCCCAGAGGCUGAUGAAGGCUAAGAAGUUGGACAGUGACGAGGAGGGCGAGGGAUCAGGCAAGAGAAAGGCAGAAGAUGACGAGGAAACGGCCACCAAAAAGGCAAAGAAGUAUGUCAUCAGCGACGAAGAAGACGAGGAAGACGACGACGAAUAAUUCAUCUUCCCUUAUCAUUCCACUGUAUUAUCAGUGCUCAGCCCGCAUGGCAUAUAAACAGCCAUAUUUUUUGUAUAUUUUCUUAUGACCUGUGUGUGGGUGGCUGUGUCUGUGUG